AUGGCCAGCUUGCAGGAUCGUGCCCAGCACCACAUAUCCCAGCUCGACAAGGAGCUCUCCAAGUAUGCCGCGCUGAACAACCUGGAGAGACAGACCUCCGUCCCUAAGGUCUAUGUCGUCCUGGGUCUCGUUGGCAUCUACUUCUUCCUCGUCUUCUUCAACAUCGCUGGCCAGUUCCUGGUCAACUUUGCUGGUUUCCUCAUCCCAGGUUACUACUCGCUUCAUGCCCUGUUUACUGCUGGUACCGCCGAUGACACUCAGUGGCUCACCUACUGGGUUGUGUAUGCUUUCCUGACUGUCCUGGAGAGCGCUGUCAGUGCUGCCUACUGGUUCCCCUUCUACUACAUCUUCAAGUUUGUGCUCGUCCUCUGGAUGGCCCUCCCCCAGACCAACGGUGCUCAGAUCGUCUUCCACUCUUUCCUCCAGCCUCUGCUGGGCCGCUUCUUCCAGGGUGGCUCUACUUCCUCCAACCUCCGCUCCCAGGCCGAUGCUGCCGCCAAGGACCAGUAA